AUGUCGAAAGAAGACGCGAAUGAGUCUGUUCCCUCAUCAAGGGAGUCAUCAGAAGCCUCCGAAACCCAAGCAGCAGCAAGACGAUCCAGCUCAGCCAAGAAGUCGUCCAAGGCUUCCAAACCACGCCUGACACCAAGUCAGAAGAGUUUUAAUCACAAGGAUGCCGAAAAUAAGCGACGGACGGCGAUCAGGGAACGUUUCACCGAGCUCUCGCGUAUGGUGCCCGGUGCAAUGGGCCAGGAGAGGAGUGAGCAAGUGAUGUUGAGCAAGACGACAGAUUUCCUCAGAGAGAUGCUCUUGGAACAGCGGCGGCUUGAGGCAAUGGCUGACGAUCAGGGCAUCCAGAUCGAUGACGAUGGGAGGUUGGGGGAUCAUGAUUUUGGAGGACCGAAUUGGAAGGGGAAGAACAUGGAGCAGUAUGAAGCGAGCAAGGAAAGAAAAGGCUCCGGAACAGCACAGAAUGCUAAUAGCGGUGAAGACCAAGAUUGA